AUGUAUGGCCUCCUACUCCCCCUACUCUUCUAUCCCGCGCAAGUCCUAUCAGCGCAGGGCUCCAAUUUCGAUGUCUCCCGUACAACAGCCGGAAAGUUCUUGUGCGGAAAAGAGUGUUACGAAAUCCUUGAACAGACAAACAAGGCCGACCUCGAGAUCACGGGAGCCGACUUCGACCAGAGCUUCUACAAUGUCGGCAAAAAGUUCGCCGGAUCCAAGCCCGGCGAUCUCCUGAAGCUGAAGCCCGUGGACCCGACAACCAUGACAUCCAUCUCCGGCGUAUCCGUCUACAAGAUCCAAUACACAUCCCAGGACCUCGACGGCUCCCCGGUCCCCGUUUCCGGCUACAUCGCGAUGCCCUUCUCCCUCCCAAAAUCCGGAGCCUUCCCGAUGAUCGCCUUCGCCCACGGCACCAUCGGCAUCUACCCCGGCUGCGCGGUAUCCAACAGCCCCAACCUCUUCGAGUACGCCGACAGCUGGAGCGCCCUCAGCAAGCGGGGCUACGCCGUCGUCGCCACCGACUACGCCGGCCUAGGCGUCAACGGCACCGAGCACAAAUACCUCACCCUCAACGCGCACGCCGCCGACGUCUUCCACUCGGUGACGGCGGCGCGCCAAGCCUUCGGCGACGUCCUGUCGAAAGAAUGGCUCUCGGUCGGGCACUCGCAAGGCGGCGGCGCGGCGUGGAAGCUCGGCGAGGACAUCGAGAAGCUCGCGGCCGAGCAUGGCAGCGGCUCAUGCGAGGCUGCGAACUACAUCGGGACCGUCGCCGUCAGCCCCGCGACCAAGGUGUACGACUUCUGGAUGUACUUCACGUCGCAGGUGAUGACGAGGCCGGAUUUCCACCGAUACUCGCUCGUGGGGCUGGCGCCGCUGGCGGCCGUGUCGGCGAAGCGCGUUUUCCCCAAGUUCGGCUACAGCAUUUUUGGCAAGGUCAUGAGGACGCGGCUUGGCCUUGCUGAUCGCGCGCAGACGUGCGCGGCGGGCACGGCGGGCUUGACGCUGGAUCUGCCCGCCGAGGAGAUUGUGGCGCCUGCGAGGGCGUGGUCGGCCGAGGACAUGUCGAUCUUGAAGCGGUGGCAGGAGAUGAGCGCGCCGGCGAAUGGUGGGAGGUCGAAGAGGCCGAUUCUCAUUGUUCAGGGCCUCAAUGACACGGCUGUUCCGGCGCCGCUGACCAUCAGCGCUUUCAAUGCUGCGUGUGGGUAUGGAAACGAGAUCAAGAUGCUGCUCUAUCCUAAGCAGGAUCAUUCCGGUGUGUUGGAGGCAGCGGCGCCGGAGUGGCUGAGGUGGAUCGAUGAGCGCUUCGCUGGUAAGGCGACCUCUGGGAGUUGCAAGAAGAUUACGAAGAAGCCGUUCGAUUACGAAUUUGUCAGAGCAGCACCAGAGCUCGAUAUCACGGGGUUGGGCCUCUAA